AUGAUUGAUGAGCAGAUUGAAAUAGAAGAGUGUGUCAUGGAGGAGGGUAAUACGCAUAUCGUUGGUUCAUUGUCCCGAAAAGCUUUAUUAAAACGUCAGACAACAUUAGAUGCCUUUCUCUCCAAUGAACAGGAUCGGAAGUCUUUUAUCAGUGAUAAACUGAUUCAUAGAAAAGUCAAGAAUAACCGGAUGUCAAUAACGAUUACCCAUUCAGGUAGACGGUUAUAUCAUCGACGCUACAUUAUUUCAAAAAAUAAAUUGAAGCCGAGGAAAUCUUUCGGAUCUGUUGUUGAAGAAGUGGAUCAUGGUGGAAGUGGAGAAGGAAGUCGCAACGACUGGGUGAGAAUGAGUGGCGUCAUGGAAAAAGCAAAGGUGAAAGCUGCGAGGACCACUCUGGAUGAAUAUGUUAAAGUCGACCCGCAUUUUACGCGUUGCUCUUCAAGUAGGAAGAUAAUGGAAUCGGCUAUUGAAUCGAUACGCUGUUACGAGGAUAUGUAUCCUGAUUUGAACCACAGAAACGCUUCCGAUGUGGUAUUAGUAUCUUUAAAUUCGAUAUCUUCUGAAAUUUCUCCAAAACCAUAUCCUGUCGUCUGCGCUGACCGAACAUAUGGGUGGAAUUUCGGGAAAAAGUAUGUUCGUUUGCCAUACUCUAUAUGUAAUGUAAUUGAUGGAGUUGCACGAUAUGACAUUAUACAGGCUGCAAUUUCGAAACUUCUGCAGCCACUUAAGACUUAUAAACAAAUUGAGGAAUGUAUCAGAAGCUACUCACGUACCAGAAGUUUCGAUGCGCUUGGACAACUUUUCGAAGCAGUUCUGAAUGAAACAUUACGUGUGCAAUAUCUUACCAUCGUGGUACCUUUUAUGGCGAAAUUGGCUUUGCAGAGUCCAGAUCUGAUAACUCAACCAAUACCGAUAUUGCGUCGUGGAAGUUCUGGAUCGGUAACGAUAAGUCAGCAUCAAGCAGCCUCAUUACUUGCACACGCAUUUUUCUGCACUUUUCCAAGCCGUAAUAUUGUCAGCAACGAAUUGCCGUCAGUUAAUUUCUGCCGUUUGUUCAGUUUACGUUCUGCAAAUGCGGUGGAAAAACUACGGUGCCUAAUGCAUUAUUUCCAUAUGAUCUCCAAGAAAAUGCCGACAGGACUGUUGACGAUUCGGCGGCAGAAUGAUUUGGCAAAGGAGUGGUCUUCCAUGCAUUUGCCCUUAUCGAAGCUUUAUGUUAGUCAUACGGGUACAAUAGAAGAUGAUGGUCAUGGCAUGUUGCAAGUGGAUUUUGCCAAUGAAUAUAUUGGAGGAGGCGUAUUGAGCAGUGGUUGUGUUCAGGAAGAAAUCAGAUUUCUCAUCUGCCCAGAAAUGAUUGUGUCGAUGAUUCUAUGCGAACGGAUGCAUCAUAACGAAGCUAUUGUUAUUUGUGGUGCGGAACGAUUUUCUGAUUAUGGCGGUUAUGGUUCAUCAUUUCGUUGGCGUCCAAUGGGGAAGGUAGAUUCAUUUCCGAGGGACCGCUUCAAUAGACUGUGUUGUGAAUUGGUAGCAAUUGAUGCCUUGCCAUUUUCUAAUAGACAUGAACAAUUUAAUGUCAAGUUAGUAGAUCGUGAAUUGCUCAAGGCUUAUGUUGGCUUUGCUGUAAAUGAUGGGAUGACGAAGCCGGUUGCUACUGGCAAUUGGGGCUGUGGUGUAUUCGGAGGUGACUUGCACUUGAAAAGUUUAAUACAACUUAUGGCAUCAUCUGCACAAAAAAGAUGUCUUUGUUAUUUCACAUUUGGAGAUCGGAAGUUUGCAGAGGACUUCACAGAAAUUUACAAGAUACUGGUGCAAGCUGAUACUACAGUUGGACAAUUGUAUGAUAUAAUAAAUGGUUACUGCUCUGCAUAUGACAAUAGGUCUCCAGUGCUAUUUGAAUACAUCUGCCGAAAAAUUAAAGGAAAUAAAGUAUACCCAUAA